AGCGUUGGUGUGUUGUGUGUGUUUUGUUUUAAUUUUUAUCGUUUGCCUGGUGAACACUGGUUGUCAUUUCUAUUACAUUGAUAGAAAUUAUAUGUCACUUCCACCUCCACCUUCCUUAGUAUAAGCACACAGGACUCCGUAAAUUCCAUAAUUGAAGACAUUCAGAAAUGCUGAUAUAAAUUUGAAUUAAUAGACAGUGGUGCCAACCAUGGCUGCACCACCCAAGCCAUGGGAGAGUGUGCCACCAUGUUGCCGCACCCCAGCAGGGCCAGGCGUCAACAGUAGGAUGGUGCCGCCUGAUGAGAUGCGUGCCGUUGCUGCCACAGUGCAGCCCCAGUUCCAGUCGACGCUGGCGGGCGGUGUGGCAGAACCCGGCGCGGUGGGCGGCAUGGCGCCUCCCAUCCCGCCCCGGCCGGCCCACGGAGCGGCCGGCAUGCCAUCCGCCAUGUCACCCUACUCGACAGGGUACGGCGGCUACAGUACCGGCUACGGUGGAUACGGCACCGGCUACGGCACCGGCUACGGCGCCUUCGGGGGAGGCUACAGCGGCUACGGAGCGGGCUAUGGCGGCUACGGCUCUGCCGGGGGCGGCUUCUACGGCCGACCGGGAGCGCUGGGCCCGGGCCCCGAGAGCUGGUUCAUUGAAGCGGCCGAGGAGAGUUCACGCAGCACGUUCGAGUCGAUCGAGUCGUUUGUCAGCGUGUUCACGUCCAUCAGCCAGAUGAUGGAGUCGACCUACAUGCUGGUGCACAGCUCGUUCCGGGCGGUGGUGGGUGUGGCCGAACAGAUGGGACGGAUGCGGCUGCACCUGGCCGAGCUGCUGUCGGCUCUCUCGAUAGCACGCACUCUGAGAUGGAUCGUUAACUUCCUCAGACGCUGGCUCGGCUACCCGGAGCUGGAGGGCGCCAAUGCGGCCUGGAGGGAAUCGGCAGGGGCAGUACAGAUGGCAGCGGGUGCCGCCGGCGGCUCUGGCAGGGGCGCCUCCCGCUGGCCAGUACUGGUGUACCUGGCGACCGUGCUGGGAGCGCCCUACCUCAUCUUCAGACUGCUGCGGGCCAGCGGCGGACGGCCGGAUAAUGAGAGCUGGAAGUCGGGCGCCGGCGAGCAUUUCUCUGCGGUGUGCAGUUUCGACUUCACGGCUAGUGGCCCUGGCGAGCUGACGGUGCGCGCCGGACAGUCUGUGCGCCUGGCGCCGCGCCGUCUGCAGCCCCGAGUGCGUGGCUGGGUGCUGGCCUCGGACGGCACCGCUGCAGGACUGGUGCCGGCAGCCUACGUCAAAAUCAGGGGCGCGGUGCCGGCGGGCGGCGUGCCGGGAGCUCCGGCAGCUGCGGCGGGACCAGGGCCGGUCCCGGCAGGACCAGGACCGGUCCCGACGGCAGGACCAGGACCAAUCCCAGCAGGACCAGGGUUGGUCCCGGCGGCGGGGAUAGGCCAGGCGGGGACGUCGGCGUCGGCUGGUGUCUGCGCUUCACCAGCCUCCAACUCAGUGACUAAGGCGGCACCAGCGGCAGCGGCGGAGAAAAAGCCGGGUGGCUGCUGUGGCGGCGCGGCUGCAGCUCAGUCCCAGCCUCCUCCUGCUCAAACCGAGGCCAAACCGAGCUGCUGCAGCUCCAAGACGGCUACCUCCCCGGCUGACCGCGUUGCUGCCAUGAAGGACCAGCUCCCCGGUAACGUUCAGAUUACUGAGGUUGACCCUGCCACCGUCACAGUCUCCACACUGAGAGCGGCUGACCGGUCGGCUCCCGCUGAUGGCGCACAGAAGUGAGACACCGAAGGACUUCGCUCGGGAUCUGUAGGGUAGCCUAGUCCGCUUGUUUGGGUUGCGGCGUGGAUUGGGGGUAGAUAGACCAUGCCCUUUGGGGUGCAAAGAGAUUAUAAAGGUGCUUGUGUCGCCUCAUCGGCGUCUCCAGCACUGGGUUUACGCGCGCAGCUGCGAUCAGAGUUUGUCGCGGGUGUGGUGUGAUAAGAUUACUGGGCCAUUAGAGGUGGCAGUCUAUUUUGCUAUGUGCAGAGGGGGGCAGAGUAUAUUAUGUCAAGUCUGGGCACCGCUGCACAUGUGUCGACCCUGUGGGUCUCGGAUGGGGUACGUUAUACCGUCAGUGGUCAGGAGGUGACCUGUGUCUCACUCUCGACCCAGUGCGUCGAGCAGUAACAGUCCAUUGGGAACGAAGGAAUGCCGGGGAUCGUAGAUCAUAUAUUGGCAGCCUUUACCAGUGCAAAGCAGUCAGGGGUUAUUGACGGGGUCAAUUAGCGCUCGUCCCAGCUCAAAGUAGCGCUAGCUGAUGGCAGAAAUGAAGCUGUCCGGGAAAUGAUAGCUGCAACUGAUUGACGUCACGUUCCCGGCCUGGAGCGAGUGCUUCUGUUGCUACUCAUGCUGAUUCAGUGACUCGAAGCUGAUAUUCCACGGUAUUUGUGGUGAGUGUCCGUGGCCGCGCUUUCUGUGCGCAACCUGUACGACUUUUACCCGGGUGUUACGAUCUAUGGACCGUUUUUUUUUGGGGGGGGGGGGCGAUUUGCGUAUGCCGAGGUCGCGGAGACAGACUAUGCUCCAUGUUGGGGAACACCGGCGCAGCUUUUUUUUUCGGUCGCCAGUCAUCUGCUCUGGUGAUGCCGGAAUAUGUGACCGAUGUGCUGGGGUUGGUAAAUGCCUCCUAACAGUGAGCUUAUGAAGCAGAUAAUAUGGAAUUGUGAUCUUUUAAUUCGUUAAGUGCUUGCUGAAUGUAAGGCAUUUAUUUUAAUCGUUUAAUUGUUUUUUGAAUGACCUCCUUACAAAAUUAUACUUUUCAUUCAUGUAUUUUUGUUUUAGAUGAAUUUUCGGCCACGGGCCAUGAUCACAUCAAUGCCAAAUAUAAGAAUAUUGGAAGACGAAGACGUCUUCCAAUAUUCUUAUAUUUGGCAUUGAUGUGAUCAUGGCCCGUGGCCGAAAAUUCAUCUAAAACAAAAAUACAUGAAUGAAAAGUAUAAUUUUGUAAGGAGGUCAUUCAAAAAACAAUUAAACGAUUGGAAUUGUGAUCAAUACAUUUACUUAAAAUGGUGUCAAA